GAGGAGGAAGAGGAAGCUUUGAGAAGAGGAGGCAAGGCAAGGUUUUGGUAGGAUGUGACAUCUAGGAAGCAGGCUAAGUUGGAGGGAAGUGAAAUCAGGCGGCAGAAACCAGCUUGGGAGCUCGAGGGGUCAAUGCUGGGAGAUGGAGAACAAAGGUUUCUUUUGUAUUUUGCUUUUAUUUUUUAUUUUUUAAGUGGGUGGGUUACAAGAGGGCUUGGUAGCUAGAAGGUUUGCCAGAAGGUUGUGUGAUGGCUCAAUAGAUGGCUUGCUGGUGGCAGAAGAGAGGCUGGUAGAUGUCUCGGCGUAGGAAGAGAUGGGCAGUGCAAAAGGGUGAGCAAAAGGAAUGGAUGGCUGCUGAAUUUCUACAGAAACUCGAUUUAGUGCAGAUCAAAAGCAAGAACAAUACACUGGUACACGGAAGCUGUAAGAUCAGAGUCGGAUGUCCAUCUCUACAGUCAGCAAAGGACUACAGGAGUCUCUGCCUAAAUGGGUCCAGUCAUGCCGCCCAGUAAGAAGCCAGAGGGCUCAGGAAUUAGCGUGCCCAGCGGACUGAGCCAACGUUACCAAGAUAGUGAUUUAUCAAAGGCACUUCACGAUGACGAGGACCUAGAUUUCUCUUUGCCUGCCAUCAGAUUAGAUAAAGGGGCCAUGGAAGAUGAAGAACUAACUAAUUUGAACUGGUUACACGAGAGCAAGAACUUGCUGAAAAGCUUUGGGGACUCGGUCUUAAGAAGCGUUAGCCCCGUUCAGGACAUCGGUGAUGACACGCCUCCGUCUCCUGCCCACUCUGACAUGCCCUACGAUGCCAAGCAGAACCCCAACUGCAAACCUCCUUACUCCUUUAGCUGCCUCAUAUUUAUGGCCAUCGAGGACUCGCCAACCAAACGACUGCCUGUAAAGGAUAUAUACAACUGGAUCUUAGAACACUUUCCAUAUUUUGCAAACGCGCCCACUGGAUGGAAAAAUUCUGUGAGACAUAAUCUAUCCUUGAAUAAGUGUUUUAAGAAAGUGGACAAAGACAGAAGUCAGAGUAUUGGAAAGGGGUCCUUGUGGUGUAUAGACCCAGAAUAUAGACAAAAUCUUAUUCAGGCUUUGAAAAAGACACCCUAUCACCCAUAUUCGCAUGUGUUCAAUACACCUCCCACAUCUCCUCAGGCAUAUCAAAGCACAUCAGGUCCACCCAUUUGGCCAGGAAGCACCUUUUUCAAGAGAAAUGGAGCCCUUCUACAAGAUCCUGACAUUGAUGCUGCCACUGCCAUGAUGCUUUUGAAUACUCCCCCUGAGAUACAAGCAGGUUUUCCUCCAGGAGUGAUACAAAAUGGAGCUCGAGUUCUGAGUAGAGGAAUAUUUCCUGGAGCCAGGCCAUUGCCAAUCAACCCUAUAGGAAGCAUGGCUGUUGCAGUAAGAACUGGUUGGAAAUCUUUCAAAAUGAAUGGGAUAACAAACUGCCGGAUGCGGACAGAAAGCGAACAGUCGUGUGGCUCUCCAGUCGUUAGCGGUGACCCGAAGGAGGAUCACAACUACAGCAGUGCCAAAUCUUCCAACCACAGGAGCACAUCACCUGCUAGUGACUCCGUUUCCUCUUCCUCUGCUGAUGACCAGUAUGAAUUUGCAACUAAAGGUAGCCAAGACAGCAGUGAAGGAAGUGAAGUUAGCUUCCAGAGCCACGAGAGCCAUAGUGAAACAGAAGAGGAGGACAAAAAGCAAAAUCGGAAGGAGACCAAGGAUUCUUUAGCUGACAGUGGGUAUGCAUCCCAGCACAAGAAAAGGCAACAUUUAAUGAAGGCGAAAAAAGUACCAAGUGACACACUGCCUCUUAAAAAGAGACGUACGGAAAAGCCCCCUGAGAGUGACGAUGAGGAGAUGAAAGAAGCAGCAGGAUCUCUCCUGCAUUUAGCAGGAAUUCGAUCCUGUUUGAACAACAUCACCAAUCGGACGGCAAAGGGGCAGAAAGAGCAAAAGGAAACCACAAAAAAUUAGAACAAAUCAAUGAUUUGUUUGAACUUACAAAGUUUUGUUUCAGCACGUCAGGUGAAUUCUAAUGAUUUGUGGCAAUAUCAGAAAUUUUUUCCUUUUUUUUUCUUUCUAUUUGUUUUUGGUUUUGUUUUUUUUUUCUUUCUUUUUUUUUUUUGGACCCUUAAGAUUUUUAAUUUUAAAGGAGAUUGAAGCCAUAGAACUCAUACUGACACUCAGCUAAUUUACAAAAGCUUUUCAUUACCUGAAGACAAAAAGUUAACAACAACAAAAAGCCAAAAUUGCCAUUGCUUUCUCCGGCUUGUCAAAAAAAUGCAUGGUUGAAUACGCAGUGACAUCAACUUUAUUGUGAUGGGAGUAAAAUUGGGCACUUGGAAAUCCCUCUUACACUAGAAGAGAUGUGCAUAAUUUAGUAGUCAUUCAGGCCUGGCCCUUAAGAAUUUUUUUUAAUGGCCUUACAAUUGGGUUAUAAGUGAAUGUGAAUAAAGAGAUUUGGGGGAAAGAGGAGGCACGUACUUCUCAACACCAAACCAAGAACCAUCUAGAGGCACUCGGAUACUGUGCCAUAGAAGUCUUUGGACAGCCACUGGUGGCAACUGCGCAUACCGUAAUGCACUUGUAGUGCUUCAUGUACUAUACGUGGCUCAUAACGUGAAGACUGGUAACCUUAAGUUUGGGGAAAGUGAAACUAUGUAUGCAAUGGGUUUCAGUGAAACGAGAAGAAAUGGAGGGGCACUGUCAAUAGCAUCGCUAAUCAUUGAAUUAUGUCUUCUAUAUUAAAUUAAGUAUUCAAAAAGCCAUAAGCCUGAAAAUCGGCACUGCGUGCAAAAAAUAAUAGUGAUAGGGAAAAACAAGCUAUGUCUUCUAAACUGCCUGAGUGAAAAGCAAUCAAGUCUAAGAAAUUACAGCUAUAUUAAGGAAGGAAAUAAAUCCAAAUCUUUUUCUGUGGAUCAAAUACUUGAUCUAACUGGGGGAAAAAAGCUACAAAACCUGCCAUUAGUAUUAUUCUGUAAUUCACAAAACAAGACAGCAUAUUGGUGAGCAGUGAAAUUAAGCUCAACAAAACAGCUCCAACACUGCCCUCAGAAGUGAGUGUGCAGUUAAUGUCAGUCAGGAUUCGUCUGUGCAAAAAUAACAGCAGAUUUCCAGAUUCAACCAGCGUAAGCCAGCAGAAAAAAUUUGAUCCACAUUGCAUGGAUUCCUUUUGGGAGGGGGGGGAACACAAAAAGCAAACAAUGUUUUUUUAUUCAAAGAUGACAAAGUUCUUGUAAGGUAAAUAAUGUAUUUAGCAUGAAGCAUGAAUUAUUUUCAUAUAAAUAUAGAAAAUAGAGAAAAAGGCUAUGCCUCUAAUUUUUAAGCCCUUAGGCUUAGAGUUUGAUUUUUUUUGUUGUUGGUUUUUUUUUGUUUUGUUUUGUUUUUGUUUUGUUUUUUGUUUUGUUUUGGUUCUUUUUUGUUGUUGGGGUUUUUUUGAAGCAGGUGUUUAAGGUUUAACCUUCUUCAGGGACAAACACUGACUGUUGGGGAACUUACUCUGCAAUAUUAAAAAAUAAAAUCUUCAUGCUCUGGUAGGGCUUGGAUGGUUGAAUUAUACUGCCUUGUCUGCACAUUCAGCCCCCCUCUCCCUACUUCUGUUUAAAAAAAAAAAGAAAAAAAAAGAAAAAAAAAGUUAAAAGUGUGUCCUUUCUUCGUCUGUACAUGUGUAACAUGACGCAAUAAUCUGAGGGCAAGUUUAGUAGUGAGUGUGUAUGACAGAAUCAAGAGAAUAAUGGGAGAUUAAUUGAGGAAAACUCGCUGAUUUGAUUCAGGAAUAAGUAGACAAGAAAAUAGCUUUGCUAAUUUGCCAUGAGAAAAUGAAGUUAGUAAAGAGCCUUACUGAGGUGUCCCGAGAAAAACCAGUGCUACAGAGGGUGUGAUUCAGGUAUAGUGCUCCUCUCCUGACAUGACGACUGUUAGAUUGGAGACUCCUACAGCCGAGGGAAGCUGUGAAAUAAAUAAUACAGUCUCUCACCUGGAUUCGUCAGUUUGGCAUGAAAAAUUCCACAUGUAGAAUAUCCUAGAGGCAAAAAGAAAAUCCCGGGGACUGAAAAACCCUACCACUUAACAGAAUGAAACAGUCUGUUUCUGUAAAAGAACACAGGUUUAUAGCUCUGACAGCUGUUCCAGGUAGCAGCAUCACCAAGGUGGAGCUAGUUUAUGGAGAGUGAGUUAGAGAAGGGUCCGACUUCCCACUCUGUGAAGUGAAAUAAAAACUGCAAUUGUUGUAUGUGCAGUUAGGAAGUGGGAAGACUGAAGGGCAGGCUGGGCUGGGCCUGCCAGCCUUCCCGUGCUCCACAGACAUUCUGUAAUGCAAAGACCAGGAGCACGCUGGGGGCAGCACACAACAUUGUGCCUCUCCUCCCAUCUCACCCGUGUGUCCCGGGAUCCAGGAGCUGCCUGACAGCUGCUGGAGCCCAGCACAACUGCCAGCUAUGCAGAUCAGGAAGGAGAGAGCCAAGGACGGUGGAAGGAGCAGCUGUGUGCUCCCCUCUUUGCUGGUCCUGGGGCUGAUGGCCAGCAUAAGCUAAAGUUGGAGUACGUAGAUACUAAAUCCAUUGGCUGCCAACAGCCCUUGAGAUAAAGUUGGGGAAAACGGGAAGCUUUCUGUCGGCCAGGUAGCACGGAGAUGAAUGAGCCAUAUCCUUCCCUCUGGCCAGAGCCCUCCCAGUGUGAUUGCACUGGAUCAGUCGGCUUGGUCCAUUCUGUUACGGACUUUGGGAGAGUCAUUGGAAAUACAGACAGCACAGUACCAGCUUGCCACCACCUUCACUCAAUGUGUAAGUUGUUCCAUUGAGGAGCUCCUCUAAUAUUUAUCAAAAAGCCACAUUUAAAACUGAAAUUCAGUGGCAGAAAAUACACUUGAAACGGGGCUCAGCCAUUUCUUUCCUCCAGAGAAAGCAAUGUGGUGGUGUGCCGGUGGCCAGCUCCUGCCCAGUCACACACAACGCUAAUUCCAGAGCAACCUCACUGAUUGCAGUGCAGGUGAGAUCAGUAUCUGCUGUACACGUACCAUACAUUAAUGUGGACUCUUGGUGGCUAGAUAUAUAAUUACCUCUAGUAUUAUCUUAGAAAAUGGUCAUUUUGCAUAAGUAUCUAAUUAGGCAGGUUAUUUUUAUAUAUAUACACAUAUAUAAUCUAUCUACAACUUCAACACCUCCUUUAUAUACUUGCUGGUAAACUUAAAAUGUUGGCAAACAUCUAUUUUCAUGUAAAAUGUGUUGUUCCUAGUCUGAUCUGCUGAGGAGGUGGUGUUCAGUAGGAAUUUACACAGUUUUGUUCAGGAACCAGCAGUUUGGCUGAGCGCUGAUGUCAUCAACAUAUGAUUUCUGGAGUUUAAAACAACUCGUCCCUACCGACCCUUCCUCUAACUAUUGAUGAGAAGUACAUGAUUUGGAGUUGUAUAAAAUAUUUAUGAGUCGCCUUUUAAAACGUUUUUGUGCCUGGCUAACAAUGGCAGCUUUGUCAGAAUUGGUAAUAAUGCUCCAUCAGAAAAGUUCUCUUUUUUAAUAAGAAUUGAGACUUUUUUCCCCCCCAAAAAAGUAUAUGGUCAGCCUCUCAAUGCAUGUGUCUCUCCUUUCACCAAGUCAUGCCAAAAACUGAGUGGUAAUUGCACUGUAUUACGAACUCUCUCACUUGCCAGACAUGAGGUGGUUUGGUUUUGCUUGUUUGCUUUCCUUACUAAGCCAUUUUUAGGUGAGAAGUCAUAGAAUCUCUAACUUUCUAUUUUCCUCAUCCUAUCAGUAUUGCCAAAUUCAUGGUUCUCCAAAACAGGUGGGGGCUCGGGGAAUCCCAGUAGGUCAGCAAGCGUUUAGUGGCAGGUUUCACACGGGCGUGCGUUUUAAGGGUCGCUCAGACUUCACCACGCGUUCCUUUGGAAUAUGCCUUCUGCAGCGAGAGGCUCUUGCAGGCCAGAGCUAAUGCCACAAGCAGAUUUCACUGGAGUCUGCAGGGAGGUGAAGUCUGUCAGUUGUGCUUGCAUGCUGCAAGCAGGUGGAUGUUCUACUGAGAAGUCAUUUUGAUGCAGAUUUUGCCUGCAUUUAGAAAUUCAAGCACAGGUCUUGAACAGCUUUAAUGCAUCAUCUGUAGCUGUUUCUGAAAGCAAUCUGAUGCUGAUCUUUUCCUGGCAAAACCAGCAGUAGUUCUGUUGAGGUCACCAGAGUUUUGCAGAGUGAUGAGACGUGCUGUUUAGGACUACAGAACUAGCCUGUGACUGUAUUCUCACUGGUAAUUCAGUUGAUGUCCAUAGGCUGACUCCUGUCUUACCUUAAAAUGGGAAAAAGGAGUCCCAAAGGAGGUGCAUCAGCGCCCAGUGUUCAACUGAAUUGCCGUCUACCUUUGCAAAAGAUACAACGAAACCCUGUGGGCUGCAUUCUUCACUGGAGUGAGGUAGUGAGAUGUCAAUGUACUUGAGCAAAGAACGAAAUCCCAAAUUGUAUGCCGAACGGCAUACAGAUAAAAUAACUAAAACAACACUUCGUCUUAUUUUCUCGGCAGCCACAAUUGAUAUUGGCUCCGAGAUCAUUGAGGCCCUGAUUUUUCUUGAAGUAUGUCUGUAUCUAAAGGUGUAGAUAGGCGUGGUCUGAGAUUUCUCUAGAACCUCUGGGUGUCUCAUCUCCAUUGCAACCAAUGGAGCUAUGGACACCCAAGUGCUCUUGAAAAUCAAUUUUAGUAUUAUUGCCAUUUUUCCUUUGAUCUGGCCCUAGGCAUUUUUUAAAACAUUCCUCUCCUAUACCUCCAGGAUUAGAAGAAAACUACAGAGAGAGUGCAUUUACAAUUUCAGAGGCAAUGUGACUUACUUCACUUCAUGGAGAAUGCCGACAGGUUCCUUCAGGUAUGCCACUGCUGCCUCAAGAGCUCAUUGGCAUACUUUGUAGGAAACGUUUUAAAACUUUUUCUUGACUUUGCCACCAAAAGAGCAUUUGAACCAUACAUCCUCUUGAUUGUAACAGAGUAUCAGUGUUGACUGUCUGACCAGUUAAGUUUUAGUGUUCUUCACAGCCCUCCAGUAAUAUAUCAAACACUGUUAUGCACAUAAUGCAGCACUGUGAUCUAAUUUAAAUAAUACUUUUUUAUUAUUUAUACUACUCUAUGUAAUAUACAUCAACACUUUGCUAUAUAACCUAAGUGAUAACCCUCUUCUUAGUUAUCUGCCAAACUCUGACUUUGUUUGGUUUAUAUUGCAGUUAGCACAGUUACCGAGUUGUAAUGAUGUCUCUUUUCCUUUGAAAUGGAAUGUGUAAGUCGAACUAUACACUUGUGUGUUUCUGUUUUAAGCUGGAGUUUAUAAGGAUUUACACACAACAUUCGGUGUUCUGUAUAAAUCUGCAUACAUUUGUGAAUUCAUCUGUUAACCCCCUUUUAUUUAGAAAGUAUUAAUUGAUGGUGGUUUAUUAGGGUUUUUUAUUUUUGCAUUUUUAUUUUUAGUACUGGUUAUUCUUGAAUUAAGCAGAGACUUGUCAGCUGGGUUGCUUUAUCAUGUAUAUGACCUUACGAUUCUUCCACAGUUCAGCCAACAAGUACUAGCUUCACUGACCAAAAAGAAGUCUCAACCUAAUGUGUCUAUGGUGCUGUAUUUUGCUGGUGUACAUUUAAAACCAGAAAUGAUCUAAAGGUCACUUUGAGUUGUUCUAAUAAGUAGCCUUUCCUGGUUUUGGGAGCUUGGGUUUUGUUUUUGUUUUAGCAUUGAAACAAGGAAUAUUUAUCUGAAGCUAUGUAAUGGUUUUUCUACUGUAUCACAUUUCCUUUUGCAAAGAGGGGGAAAAUGACCUGAUGUAACAGCCUCUCACAGUCAAUGGAAGGCUUUUUUUUGUUUCACUUUUUCAUUUUCAGUUAAUUUCAUUGAGCUUUGGAUCAGGCCAGCAGUUACGAGAGCUCAUUGUCUGAGGGUUUAAGGGGUAAAUGACAACUUGUGCUAAAAUGACGUGUUGUGCUCUAUGAUGGCCAUCAUCUAGAAAUGGGAUUCUUUCUCCUUCGUUUACUGUGGCCUAAAAUCCCAAGACUUUCUUUUUUCAUUCAGAUGACAUUAAACUUCAGUACAUUUUUAAGUUAAGAGAGCAUUGUACAUUUCUUGAGUAUGUGUGUGGGAUUUUUCAACAACUGAAAGUAAUACCUGUAUCUGAUAACCAGUUCCAUGCCUGCAUCAUUCACACUCACUACUUAAAACUGCCAUGAUGUAAAAUGUUGGGGGGAAUGACUUGUGUGUGUAUGAAAAGCAUUAUGGACUUGUACAUUUUUUUAUACUCUGAUCUGUAAUUUCUGAAAUAUUUUGUUUUACAGAAAAAAGUGAUAAAGCAAUCAAAAGACCAAGAGAUUUAAUAUCGAUGCUUAAGGGUCACAGGACCUUAACUGGCCAAUAAGUUAAUUUAGUACAGUGAUAAGCCAAUUUUUUUUCCUGUACUUGGCGUCUGAAACUGCCAAUUUCAUCAAUAUUAAAAUACGAACUGUGAUGGGGAAUGAACAGUGAUGUUAAGUUGUAUUUGUGUUUACCUAAAUGAGCAGUCCGAAGGCAAGUGCAAUCAGCUGAUCUUUAGGAAAUAUGAAAAUGUUGAUUUAGAGGCAUACUUGCAUUUUACAUUUUCUUGAUGUGUAAUCAUAUUGCCAAAGACAAACUAUUUCAUCAAUUAUUAUUGUAAAUAACACUUUCCCAAAACCUACCAUAAAGUUUCUGUGAUGUAUUGUCUUCCAGUUGCAAUAAAAAUUACUGAGUUGC